AUGGGAGCAGAGAACGGACAGGCGGGAGCGACGGCCAAGGUCAGCGACGUCGUGGCGACGUACCGUCCGACGAGGCUCUUCAAAGCCCCCAACCUGCACUACACCUCGCUCGACUUCGACACGACCGGCGAACUCAUCCUCCUCGCUCGUACCGACGACACGCUCCAUAUCUAUAACACAAAGGCUGGAGCCCACGCAAAAGAGCUCAAGUCGCAGAAGCACGGCUGUGCCCUUGCCCGCUUCACUCACCACUCGCAGUCUGUCAUCUAUGCCUCCACCAAGCUCAACCAUGAUAUAAGAUAUCUCUCUGCUCACGACAACUCAUACAUCCGUUACUUCAAGGGCCACACCGACAAGGUCACGUCCAUCCAGCUCUGCCCUAGCGAUGACACCUUCCUCUCCGCAUCGCUCGACAACACCGUCAAGCUAUGGAAUCUGAAUUCUUCAUCUCCCCAUGGUAGUCUAAACUUGCACGGUGCCGUCUUGACCGCUUACGAUCCCUCGGCUACCGUCAUCGCAGUCGCCUCGCCCGCUACUCAGACCAUUGUCCUCUACGACGUUCGCAACUUCGACAAGCCUCCUUUUGCAACCUUUGACAUGCAGGAUAUCGAGCGCCGCUUCAGCCACUACGGCCAAGCUCAAGCCCAAGGCUGGACCACUCUGGAGUUUAGCAACAAUGGCCAAUACAUCCUGGUGGGAACCAACGGCCCUGGCCACUACGUCCUUGACGCCUUUGAGGGUGCCUUGAAGGCCUAUCUGUAUCGCGCUCAAGGUCCUCCACCAUUCCCAUCUCAACUUGGUCAGAGCGACAGCCCCUUGCGCCAUACCCAAGCUUCGCUACAGGGAGACGCCUGCUUUACCUCUGAUGGCCGCUAUGUCAUUUCGGCUUCGUCUAAGGGUGGUAUGCUGGUGUGGGAUCUGCUUGCUGACAAGCGCUCUGAUGGCACCAUGAACCCCAUGACCGAUCUGCCAGGCCCAAGAACGUCUACUGUCGUCGGUGUGAACCCCAGAUACAAUAAUCUUGCCAGUGCUGGUCAAGACGUUGUCCUCUGGCUGCCUGACCCUGAAUUGGCUUGA